CUUCAGAGUCUACCCGAUACUACAGCGCACGCAUACCUGCAGCCUCCUGCUGGCCUGCCGUACAGCGCACAUUAGACCGUUUGCACGCAAAAUGCCACGCUGUCACAUCAUAUUGUUAUAAUAUGAUGAGCUAUUAAACUUGCCAUGUGGCACACUAUGAUGCAUUUUUUAAAUAAUAUAUGAAAUCUAACGCCUUAGGUUCACGACACGUAGAGAGAGAGAGAGAGCGAGAGAGAGAGAGAGAGAGACACCUGUCCGGGAAUGUAGCGGAGACCGUCCGCUCCUGGGCUCGCGAGAACUUCCUUCCCCUUGCUUGUUGACUGCAUGGUGCUCUGGCAACGAGAUCCCAUUAUGCUGUGGGCCAGUCGUCAUGGUCCUGCAUGAGGGGCGACAGGACUUGUCAAAGUGCAUGAGGUCAGCACCCAGACAAGAUGGGGACAGAGAGUUACACUCAGCAGCUCCAGUUGGAGACCAGUGAUGGGGCCGGAACGCUGGCCAGCAUCACCAGUGUCGAGGGGCCAAUAGGAGAAAGUGUUGACACUGGGUGGCAUAUGCCUUAUCCAAUCGGUUUCCAGGUGUCACUUACCUGCUUUCUCUUACUGGAGCUGGUGCUGGGCUUUAGCAGUAACUUGACAGUGCUAGUGCUUUACUGCUCCCAGUCCAACCUGGUCGAUUCUGUGAGUAACAUGGUAACGGUCAACCUACACGUCCUGGACAUUGUUGUGUGUGUUCUCUGUCUGCCCUUAACAAUUGUUGUAGUGCUGCUGCCAGCGGGUCGCAACCUGGAACUUAUCUGCUGCUUCCAUGAAGCCUGUGUCACAUUUGCAAGCAUCUCUACAGCCAUUAAUGUGCUAGUCAUCAGUUUGGACCGCUAUGAUAUCUCUGUGCGGCCUGCUAACCGUUUCCUUACUCCUCGAUGGGCAGCGCUCCUGUUGGCUGCUGUAUGGGCCGUGUCUCUUGCAGUUUUCUUCAUCCCCUUCAUAGAGGUGGACUUUUUCUCAUCAGAACCAGAGAAUGGGUUGGCCAGCAGCUCCUUGGCACCAGCUUGGCGUAACAGGACACUACUUUGUGUGGGAGGACAAGGUUAUUACACAGCCCUCGGAAUGUACUACCACAUCCUACUGCAGGUGCCCAUUUUCUUUGUCACUGUAGUGGUCAUGCUCUUCACUUACUCAAGAAUUCUUCGAGCGCUCAACAUUCGUAUUGGAUCACACAUGAGGAGGAGUCAGCGUCGUAGUGGAGCAACCUGUAGAGGGCGACAGAGGAGACGGAAAAAAAAGGGGGGCUCAGCGGAUAUUGAGGGAGGAGCCCAAGUAACAAACCAGACCAAGCAGUUGACACAUCCUCCGCUUAUCACUUCUCCAGUCCCAACUCCUACAGCAACCUCACCUCCACCUCUGUCCUCCACCCCACUGGUUAGUGCCACCACUGCAACACCACCUGCUCCAGCCGUAGGUGUUCAGGCUUCAGUUUCGGCCAUCAUUGCUCUUCGCAGAGCUGUAAGGAGGCACAGAGAUAGGCGAGAGCGUCAGCGACGGGUCUUCAGGAUGUCCCUCAUUAUUAUAUGCAGCUUCUUAGGCUGCUGGGCACCUAUAUCUGUGGCAAAUAUUCUAAUCCUGACUCUAGGUCCCAGCGAUGCUCUUGUUCGAGUGCGCCUGUGGUUUUUGGCCAUGGCCUAUGGCACCACCAUAUCUCAUCCAAUGCUGUAUGCCUUCACCAGGCAGAAGCUCCGCCGGGCUCUCAGGGCCAAAGUAAAGAAGCGGGUGGUGUCCUUGCUGCAAGUGGACCCUUCCCCAGGUGGAACUGUCAUCCACAAUUCCUGGGUAGAGCCACGACAGGGACGUAAGUUCCGUUUAGAAGGCAGUGAUGCUACAGAUCGAUGCCUAACAGAACCACUUUGAAAUCAAGCAACAAGAACUUUGGUUCGUAUAUUCGUCCAGUAACAGCACAUCGAGAAAAUAAAUUGUGUUGUGGCCUUAUCAGGCAGAGUUUGAAGUGGGUUGCCCUUAUUAAUAAAGAGGUCACAAUGAACACAAUCAGUAGACUCAUAAUAAUCAGUGGGCUAAAAAAUGUUUUAACGUGUAUUCUUUGCCAGUUGUGUGCAGAUUUACAAUGUUAACAAUGUUCACUUAUUUACCAUUUUACUCAUAUUAAAAGCAUUAUUUUCAAUGUGAAAGUUAUAACAAUAAGCUGGAGUAUUACCGAAAGAUCUAUUUUAAACUUGUUUUAAUUUGUAGUAUACAUUUUUAGUGCAAACACCAGGACCUAUUUGUUUGUUUGUUUGUUUGUUUGUGUAAUAUACUGUAAUAUACAAACUGUAAUUGUGCAAUAUGAAUUUUAUUUAUUUAGGCAUAACUGUGCAUAUCAUAAUAUAUUUUACAGAAUUGUAUAAUAUUCAGUAAUAAGCUAAUCUGCAAUAUUUGCAACUUGAAGUCAAGUGGAGAAUGGCACAGGUGUGCCAAUUAAGCAGCUCAUUUGUUUGUUAACUAGCAUUCUUGUUAGAGAUAAGACACAGAAGCCACCUCUGGGCCUCCUUAGCAACUGUUGUUUAGGAAAUUUUACUAUCACCAGCGAAGCAUGAGGAGAGCAUGAGGAGAGAGCUGAUGCAAAAGCUCAAGCGCUCAGUUAUCUAGACUUGACCCUGGCCUCCUCUUAUACACCUACACAUUUGUUCGCACUGAGUUAGAUAUGGACUAUAAAUGUGGACUCAAGUCCAUGUUUACAUAAUGGUAAACUUGCUCUUUGAGAGUACUCAACAAGGCACUAAUCUUCAAUAGCAGCUUACAGUAAACUAUAUGUACAAUAACUAUACUUUAUCAUUUGGAUGCAUGUGAAAGCAUUCUCUGCUACAAGGGCAAAAACAUUCCAGACCAUGCCUUAUAUCUCUUCACAAGAGUACUGUGGUGUUGAAUGUGCUGUUUAUUUUCCACAUGGACAUUCCACAGGGAAUGAAAGUGUUCCUAAAUGCUACUUUAUUUAUCACUAAUUACUUCUGCAAAGAAAAUGACUGUUCUGCCAAGGAAAGUCUGACUCCUGCUUAGGAGGUGGUACGUUCCUCUGCUGAUUUGUUUUCGGAAUGCUGAAACCUCAAAAUGAAGGUGUACAACACCCUGGCUAAAAUGCUAGGUCCAUGUUAGUGUACAAGUUCAGUUUUAGUCAGUGCGCAUUGCUGAGGGUCGGUGUACAUGCUAGCAAUUAAACACACGGGAUGUGUGUUAAUAUAUUUAUUUAUAAAUUCGAUAAGUGGAUAGUAGAAGCUUAUCACUGUACAUACAGUAAAUGUUUAUAGCCACAGUGUAGUAUGUGGUAAGUCUAUAAAGACAGUACCAUGUUUACAGAGUCAGUAUCAGAAAACACAAUACUAGGCAGGUCCAUAAGCAAGUUGAAUAUUAAACUCUAUAUGCAGAAUACCUCACAUGCCCUUUUAACAUACAACUGUGUUGAAAAUUGUGAUCUUUCCAGUGGACUCAGUGGAUAUUGUCUAUGGAUAAAGGUCUAUAAAUUGUCAAUAAAUCCAAACUUUGUAUAGUUAUAUUCCAAUUGUUCUACGUGGGCUAUAUAUGACCAUUAUAUAUGAUAAUUGGUGCGUAAGACUAGAUUAGUUUUCCUUAGCUGUCGCUGAAAAUAUAUUAUGAAGAUAAACUGAAUGGGGCCUCAUUUGAUUCUGCACAUCAUUAUAAAACGUUUGAACAGCUCUGAUGGCAGAGAAAAAAUUCCCAGGAGGCCCCUGCACACCUCCCCAGACUGCUCACACAUUAGCUGGUUUCUUCUGGAGUCCAUAUGGAGAUGAGAAGAUCAGAGGGAGGUUUUAUUUUCCAUUAUAAAUUGUCAGUGGCACAAGCUCUACAGGAUCACAGUAUAAUCUUGUCGGGUAUUUACAAAGUUUCUUUUUCAGCGCAUACACUGUUUGCGUUGAGUCAGAUGCACAUCCUUUGACCAUGCACUGCAUGUUCUAUAAUGCUGUAAUUAUUGUACAAUAAUGUCAUUGUGCUGUUUAGACGUAUGUUUGAAAUGUGUGUAUCAAUAAAUUUCACAGUUUCAUUUAGAUGAGAUGUUA